AUGAUGAACAUCGCCCAAAACAUUCGAAGUCCAGCCGAAGUCGCCUUCCCUGUAAUGGAAAGUCUGAUCAAGCAGUGUUUGGUCGUCGAAAUCGGCGAGCGAGUCGAAAGCGUGACUUCUUUGAUGAACCAGCCUGUUUUGUGGAGUUUGGUCGAGCAGCUCAAACAUCGAAUCAAACCCGAAAAUCUCGUUUUUGGACUCAAUCGACUGGAGACCAAGGAUGUUAUUAAUGAUCAUUUGAUUGCGGAGUUGCAGAAGAAACUUGAAGAGACACAGAAGAAAAUGAUGGAUUUAUGGUGA